CGUAAGUUACGAGUCGUAACUUGUUACCAGGCCAUAAAAUAAUAUAAAAAAAAAGAGUUUUUGUUGUUUUUUAUUAUUAUUGUCGUUCUUUUUAAUAAAAUAUUAAUAAUAGAUGAUUUCACAGCGUACCUACCUUUUAAUAAAUUAUACUGAAACCGUAAGCGUACCGGCAGUUUUUAAAAAUAUAAGUUUAAGCGCACUGCGGAAGACUUCUAUGAUGAAUCCAGGCCAAUAAGAUAAUUUAAGAAAAAAUGUGUACAAAUUAAACUUGAUUUGUUCUAUGUUUAUGUUUUUAAUUAAUUCAAUGUAGAGGCAGCAUUAAAAAGGAUAUUACCAGAAUAAUAAUUACUUUUGAGUCUCAAAAUGAAGUGUCACAUUCCAGGACCAAACGUAAAAGUUUUAGGAAGAACUAUCCACGCUCUAGCCAGGCUUGGAGAUGAGUUGUAUUUAGAAUCAUUAUCUGAUUGUAUACUUCUAAGAACACUGAAUGCUGCAGAAUCUGCUUAUGCAAUGGUUAAAUUCAAUAAGAAUUUUUUCUCUUAUUUUAACUAUAAUUACUACUGUACUGAUGAUAAAGAAGGCUUAAAAUGCAAAAUUUCAAUGAAAAGUGCUUUAAAUACAUUUAAAUCGCCCACACAUAUGGAUAAACAAGUAGAAAACUUGGAAAUAAAACUUGACGCCGAUUCCUGUAAAUUAAUAUUUGUAGUGAAGUGCAAGCACGGCAUUGUGAAAACACAUUUUGUCUCGAUAUUAGACUGUAAAGCAAUGCAAGCAGUUUAUACUAAAGAUCUUGUACCAAACAGAAUUACAUCACCCCACAAAAUACUUUCAGAAGCAAUUGGAAAUUUUCAAAAUUCUGAUGAUCAGCUUACAAUCGAAGCCUUCAGCAACUCACUUAUUAUUAGGAAUUAUAUAGAUAGCAAAACAGAUUUAACAAAAGUUAUAAGAACACAAAUAAGUAUUAAGCCAAUUGAAUUUGAUAGUUAUAUUAUAGGUGAAGAAACAACUAUCACAUUUACAUUGAAAGAAUUUCGAGCUCUGCUUGCAUUUGCAGAAGCUUUGAGCCUACCCAUUCAAUUGCACUUUGAGGUAACUGGCAAACCAGCUGUGUUUAUUGUUCACAAUGGUUCAACUUUUGAAGCACACUUUGUCCUUGCUACUUCAAAACCGGAUAUCCCAACUCAGGAAACUCCGACACAAAACAACUCUAUGAUAGACAGGAAGAGAAAAGAAGUUGAUAAUACACAGGGGACAGUGAGGAAGAAGGCACAUUUAAGUAUUGAUUUGUCAAAAUGUUUAGAUGAAGAUUCACAUUUAUUUAAUUUCAUUGAUAUACCUGAAGAUGGCACAGAAGUAGAGAAGGAAAACCAAACACAAAAAGUAUGGCACACUAGCAAAAUAGACUGUGAUAAUAUCCCUCCAUCACCUACAUCUAAAAUGAAAUUAAAAACUAUUUUCAAAAGGUGUUUUGAGAGCACAUUUGAUGUUCGUAGUAUACAAGGUAAUGUUUUAGCAGAAAAUUCGGACAGUGAGUAGUAGUAUGUUAUUAUAUUAUAUUAUUAUUAAAUGUAUUCAAUACUGUUA